AAAAAAUGAAAUGUUUUUGUGGGUUAGUGUUAGUUACUUGUAGAGCCAAAUUAAGAUGGUGACAACCGUCACACCUGAGGUGCCUCCAGCCAUUAAACCUGAAGCAAGAACAGUGGCGGUAAUACCCGCUGGCACGAGAACCGGGCUGAAUACAAGGAAUAGCGGCAUGGAGGCUGCUAACGCCACGGCUGAGCCAACUAGAGAUAGACCGGCCAGCAGCAAGAGGAAUACUGCGGCUGUGGUGGCAAGAAACGCUGUCAAAACACCCUUAAUCGUCGGCUUUGGGGAUCGCACUUUUUUGCGUUUUUUCUUGCCAUACAACAUUUUUAAUGGCCAGAAUAUCAUACUGUACUUGUUUUAUCGGAAUGGUUGUGGGAUUUCAUGAAUUAAGGAGAGUGGAUUUUAUCUUAUGAAUAGAGGUAUGGUCUACGUGCACGUACGUGCUACCCCAUGCGUAACGAUGUGAGUGACUAUUGAACUCUACGUCACCUCAAUGCAUCUUCUUCUUCUUUUGUUAGAUUGCCACAUUUUUUGGGCCUCUAUCCUUGUUUUCUCGCUUUCUUGUAAACUAGUUGUGGGUAUUUUGGUUAAUUUUCAGAUUCU